AUGAUAAAUAAAGAGAACAUGCUUUCUGACGAUGAAAAAGUUACCCAAAAAACAGAAAACCUCCAUCUGAGGCGUGAGAUCGGAUUGGUUAGUGCCGUAUCCCUGAUCGCUGGUACAAUGAUAGGAUCUGGGAUUUUUAUGUCUCCUCAGUGGGUCCUCUACUACGUGGGAAGUCCAGGAGCCAGUCUACUGAUAUGGGCUGCUUGUGGUCUGCUUGCCAUCCUGGGGGCAUUGUCCUAUGCAGAACUCGGAACUGUGAUUAAGGAGUCAGGAGGAGAGUACAUAUAUAUUUUAAGAAAUAUUGGCUCGCUGCCUGCAUUUCUCUUGGCAUUCACUUCUGUCAUGGUAGUGAGACCUGCUAGCAUUGCAGGGAUAUCUUUGAGUUUCGCAGAAUAUGUGGUGGCAUCAUUCUACCAAGAUUGCCCAAUGCCCCAAGUAGUGGUUAAGUGUACUGCAGCUGCAUGCGUCAUGGUCUUAGCCAUCAUUAAUUGUCUCAAUGUUAGGCUGGCAACCUCUAUUAUGAACAUUUUUACAGCAGCCAAGAUAUUAGUAUUGUUGGUUAUAAUUGCGGGUGGAAUGGUUCUUUUGGCCAAAGGGAACACUCAGGUAUUGCAGAACUCCUUUGAAAAUACAGUCACCGGUUUUGGUCCUAUAGGAGUGGCUUUUUAUCAAGGACUCUGGUCGUAUGAUGGAUGGAACAACCUUAACAGUGUGACGGAGGAACUGAAGAAUCCCGAGGUCAGUGAGUGCUUAGAACAGGUGUAGGCAACCUUUUAGCAGCACUGUGCCGAAAUAAGAUUGUGAUGUCCCGUAGCGUGCCAGUCCUAUUUUGUUUAAAUUGGGGUGUGUAUGUAGCCGUAUUCUGCUUGUGUUAUUUAUACUGCCGUUACUUUGUAUCGUGUUAUUUUUGCGUAAAUGAGCUAUUAUAUUGUAUAUGUUUAUGAGUAGUUUGUGGUAUCGUGUAUGAUACUUAUGAAUGUGGGUUGUGUAUGGGGGCUGCUUGUGGAAUUGUGUGUGUGGAUUGAAAUGUCACAUAUGUCCCAUAUGUCCUAUGUGUGUUUGGCAGUGUGUGUGUGUGUGUGUGUGGGGGGCUGUUUGGUGUAUUGUAUGUAAGAGCCUGCAUGUGGGGUUAUGUGCAUGUAUGUGGAUUAUUAGUGGUGUUGCGUUUAGGCUGAUUGUGUGUAUGUUUGUGUGUGGGCUGUUAUUAUUUGUAUGAGGGGAGGGUUAUUCUGCAUUUCUGUAUAUAUCUAGCUGUGUUGGUGGCUUCCCUAGGGUCCAGUGGGGACCAGGCUGGCCAGGUACAGGUUAAGGACAGGACCUGCAACACCAGAUACAGGCUGCUUUACUCCAGUAUGGAUUCCCAUUCACAAGUGCUGGGAGGAAGUACUCUGAGAUCACUUCCUCUACAUGCUGCAAUGCAUAAAUUGAGGAUUGUCCUUCACAACCUUUUUGUAUUAGCAGAUAUCUGAAGUUUCACUGGGACUCCUGAUAGGUCAGAGCGUGUUUAACUUUGGCAGCCUUGAGUGCUGUGCAAAGACAUCUCGAGUGCUGUGCAUGGCACAUGUGCCAUAGGCAGGGACGUGUCUAUAGCGAGGCAAACAAGGCAUCUUCCUUGGGCGGCACUUUUCAGGGGGCAGCAAAAAAAGCCGCCCCCAAAUGCCCAGGCAGAUCCCUUGCUUGUCUCGUGUCCUGGGGGGCUUAAGAGCUGGCCGGCUGGCCACUUUUAAGCCCCCCCCUCCCUGAGGCGGGCGGCAGGCAGCGAGGGAGAAUACUCACCUGAGCUCUUCCUGCCCAGCUCCCUCUGUGACGCUUAAUAAAGCCAGGAGCUGGAAUAUGACGUUGGACCUGCUCCCAGCAUAAUUAAGCGCCUCCUACUCAGCCUGUCCGCCACCUGCCUGCCCGCCCAGCAGCCACACUGGACUGCAGGUAAGCAAUCCACUCCAACUCUCCCAGGGAGGCUCGGUGGAUUUAAAAUAAAAUAAAAAAAAUAUUAGUUUGUGAGUGUUGGUGGAAAUGUCUGUGUGUGUAUGUCUAAGUGAAUAUGUGUGUGUGUGCUUGUGUGUGUCUGUGAGUGAAUGUGUGUAUGUGUCUGUAAGUGUGUGUGUGUCUGUGUCUAUGUGUGUGUCUGUAAGUGUGUGUGUGUAUGUGUCUGUAAGUGUAUGUGUGUAAGUGUGUGUAUGUGUCUGUAAGUGUGUGUAUGUGUCUGUAAGUGUGAAUGUGUGUGUCUGUAAGUGUUUAUGUGUGUGUGUGUCUGUGAGUGAAUGUGUGUGUGUGUGUGUCUGUAAGUGAAUGUGUGUGUGUGUGUCUGUAAGUGUUUAUGUGUGUGUCUGUAAGUGAAUGUGUGUGUGUGUGUGUGUCAGUCAGUGAGUGUGUAUAUGUCGGUCAGUGAGGGUAUAUGUGUCGGUCAGUGAGUGCGUGCGUCUCUCAGUGAGAGUGUGUGUCUGUCAGUGUGUGUGUGUCUGUCAGUGUGUGUACAAGUAAUAGUGUGUGUGUAUGUCAUUGUUUAUCAGUGUAUAUGAGAGCAUUUACAAUGCUUUCCUAUGGACACUCUGCACGAUGGAGGCAUAAUAUGCCUCCAGCAUCACAGAUGCGCCUCUAGUGGCUGUCCAGAAGACAGCCACUAGAGGCUGGCUUAACCCUGCUAUGUUUGCAUCUGCAAGGUUAAAACCUGAGGGACCUGGCACCCAGACCACUUCAUUGAGCUGAGGUGGUUGGGUGACUAUAGUGUCCCUUUAAAUUUUAAUCUGGAUAUUGCAGCCAUUAGCACCGAAUCUGAUUAAACUGACACUAAAAAAAAAGAAAACUCAACAGAUCUGCCACAAAUAAUGAAUAAAUGAACUAACUAAAUAAACUUAAAUUUAAUUUAAUUACAUGUAUAUCUGUUGUCCCUAACAACAGCCAAGUUAUUAGCUGUAUACAUUAACCAAUCAUAUUGCAGCACUGAACACAUCCACUUCUCAUGAAGUUUUCUCAGUGUAUCCCAGUGGAGUCAAUGCUUGGGUAGGGUAGAUACAGAUUUCAAUUUAGUUAAAGACAGGGACGUUAAGAACCAUCAUAAUGGCAUUGAUGUAUAUUUGUUGCUGCUACAUGUUUUCGCAGGUAAACCUCCCACGAGCGGUCAUGAUUGCUAUUCCACUUGUCACAUGCAUUUAUCUUCUUGCCAACAUCAGCUACUUUGCAGCUAUGACGCCCAGUGAGCUUCUUUCAACAGAUGCCGUAGCAAUCAGCUGGGGGUGAGUUACACUUUCUGCAUAUAUAUAUAAUGCCACCAGAAUCUUAGACAGGAUAAUUUGUUUCUUUUUUUUAAUAUUAUCUAAUUAUUUUGUGUCAGACACCGAGAUUUAGUUGGUAUAUGAAUCUUAUGCAUCUGUCUGUUAAGAUGGUAGGGGUGAGCUCUCGCCUUGUCUUUCUGUACUGUAGCUGAAUAAGGUACAUUUUCUGUCCUCACACAGUGCUUCCUUACAGAGCUUGACAGAGAGCCAAACUCUUUUCACAGACCACACAGAUGAGAAGGAUGAUGUCGAUCCACGGUUUAUUUGGACAUCAGAAAGUGUAAAACUGAAAUAUACAAAUACUAAAUAAUAUAACUCAAUAAGUGACGUUACUAAGGCAGUGGAACAAAUGACUUGAAAAUAAAUGAGUCAGUAUAGUAACAGGUUGUAUACUGAAUUGUCAAUUCUUAAGGCGACACAAAGAAGAGAUGUAGUCUGAUUGAUACACCACAAAAUUGAGGCCAAAGCAACUGAGUAAGGACUGAGAGAACGUAGAAAGUGAACUUGAAAUUACAAAAUUGAUGGUCAAGGUCAUGUGCGAUUAUUCUUUUUUAUAAUAUUCCCCUGUUUUCACCCUUCUUUUCUCUUAUUUUUGUUAAGUUAAAAAAAAAAUGAAAAGAGUGACUAAUUUCCUGCUGUGUUAAUAGCUUGCAGAAGGCUACAACAGCUUACUGUGGGUGAUUAAAGUUCAAUUAACAGAGCAGGAAAUUCAAAUUUGUAAAAUAAACACACUGUGCUGAAAGAUCAGAUUGAAACUGAAACUAUUUUUUCAGGGAGGCUGUGUGGGUCACAGGCAGAGGAGGUGUGACUAAGCCUUCAUAAACAGAGACAAAACUGAUUGAACUCCUGAAUGGCAGAGAAUUGAGGAGUGAGGCUGCAGGGGCAUGUUCUGGACACCAAAACUCGAACCCAUAGUUAGAGGGUUACAUCCAAAUCAUGACUACUAACCCACUGUAGUAGUUGUGAUGUUAAGCGUACGCUGGCCCAAUUCCAUGGUAAUGGGACAAACAAUUUAGCAAAGGAUUGUCCCCUUACCAAGGUCCUUGACAGGCUCCGAUACUCCCUGGUGGUCCACUGACAUGCUUCUGGCUACAGCAGAGCCGCAGAAGCCAUGGCCAUCGCCAUUCAUUGGUUGAGAGUGUCAGCUGGCUGCUAUUAGCCAAUUGUAACCAAUGUAUAAAUCUGGGCACACCUGGUUUAGAGUAUAAGCUGACUGCUUUCAGCCAAUUGUAACCAAUGUAUACGUCGGGGCACACCUGCUGAUUUCUUAAGCAGGCAAUCUUUUAUUAGGAGUACAGAACAAAGACAAAGUUUAGUCUCUCCUUGUUAAGUCUCAUCAGACAUAUAUUUGUUACAAUUGAAUGUACCUGGGAACUUGGUCCAUCCUUUUUGGAGCAUUCUGUUGGGAGUAUUCCCUGGAGAAAGUGUGCAAUAUCCUCUUAACUUGAAAAACAUACUCUCAGCCAAUGACCGACAUUCUGUGCAAUAAAAGUUGCCCAGAAUUGACAUCAGUCAGCCCAGAACUAGAGUUAAUGACUAAUGACACCCCAAUGACACUGCUGGAAGUGGAGUUAAACCUGCAGCAGCAGAGUGAUUCAGCAAAAUGCUGCACAUACAGACUUCAGGUACCAUGACCAGUUUCAAAUCAUUCAAGUAGAUACUGUGUUUGGAGUAACCCUUUAAGUUAAAGUUGUUUGGUUCUUAAAGUAUCCCUUUAAAUAUAAAUUGUAAAUUAAUGUUACCAUGCUUUCUAACGACUAGAUUCAGAAUAUUAUAAUUUCUAACACUCCUCUCCUGUGUACUAUUAUUACAGGAUUAAGGUGCUCGGUACAUGGACAUGGAUAAUCUCACUGGGUGUUGCACUAUCUACCUUUGGCUCAGCCAAUGGGACUUUUUUUAGUGGAGGGCGAGUGUGCUAUGUAGCCGCCAGAGAAGGGCAUCUGGUAAGCAAAAUUUAAUUGUGGAUAGUUCUAAUAUAUUUGUAGAUAUAUACAGUGAGGCAAAAAAAGUAUUUGAUCCCCUGCUGAUUUUGAACGUUUGCCCAUUGACAAAGUAAUGUCUAUAAUUUUAAUGGUAGGUGUAUUUUAACAGUGAGAGACAGAAUGACAAACAAAAAAUCCAGAAAAAGGGAUGUCAAAAAAUUAAAUUGAUUUGCAUGUCAAUGAGUGAAAUACAUUUUUGACCCCUUCGACUUAGUACUUCAUGGCAAGACCUUUGUUGGCCACCUGGUUUGCACACAUUUCAGGAGGGAUUUUGUCCCACUCCUCUUUGCAGAUCCUCUCCAGUCAUUAAGGUUUCCAGGCUGACGUUUGGCAACUCGAACCCUCAGCUCCCUCCACAGAUUUUCUGUGGGAUUAAGGUCUGGAGACUGGCAAGGCCACUCCAGGACCUUAAUGUGCUUCUUUUUGAGCCACUCAUUUGUUGCCCUGGCUGUGUGUUUUAGGUCAUUGUCAUGCUGGAAUACCCAUCCAUGACCCAUUUUCAAUGCCCUGGCUGAGGGAAGGAGGUUCUCACCCAUAAUUUGAUGAUACAUGGCCCCGUCCAGCAUCACUCUGCAGCGCACGAGGGAGCUGAGCAGAUAGCUCACUAGUCAGUGCUCUCUCACCAGCGCCGCCCACCCAGCAUCCAGCCUAGCAGCCAGCCCAUUAACCUGCCCAGCAGCCAGCCCAUUGGCCUGCCUAUUAGCCCGCCCAGCAGCCAGCCCAGCAGCUAGCCCAUUAGCCCGCCCAGCAGUCACUGGCCCCCAGGGAAAGGAAGAACUCCCCCCCAGCAUUCCCAAAGGUAAGGAGGCUGGGGGGGGUUGAAUUAAAAAAAAGUGAGUGUUAAUGUGAGUGUGUGUGUCUAACUGUGUCUGUGUGUGUCUGUGUGUGUCUGUUAGUGUGUGUUUGUCUGUUAGUGAGUGUGUGUGUGUGUAUGUGUGUGUGUGUGUGUCUGUGUGUGUUUCUGACUGUGUGUGUCUGUGUGUGUCUGUGUGUGUGUGUGUCUGUGUGUCUGUUAGUGUGUGUUUGUCUGUUAGUGAGUGUGAGUGUAUUUGCCUGUUAGUGUGUCUGAGUGUGUUUGCCUGUUAGUGUGUGUGAGUGUCUGUGUCUGUUAGUGAGUGUGAGUGUGUUUACCUGUUAGUGAGUGUGUGUGUCUGUUAGUAAGUGAGUGUGUGUCUGUUAGUGAGUGUGAGUGUGUUUGUCUGUGAGUGUCUGUGUGUGUGUGUCUGUUAGUGAGCGUGAGUGUGUUUGCCUGUUAGUGUGCGUGAGUGUGUGUGUCUGUUAGUGAGUGUGAGUGUGUUUGCCUGUUAGUGAGUGUGUGUGUCUGUUAGUGAGUGAGUGUGUGUCUGUUAGUGAGUGAGUGUGUGUCUGUUAGUGUGUGUCUGUUAGCGAGUGUGUGUCUGUUAGUGAGUGUGUUUGUUAGUGUGUGUGUGUGUCUGUUAGUGAGUGUGUGUUUCUGUUAGCUAGUGUAUGCGUAUCUGUCAGUGAAUGUGUGUGUAUUUAGAAGGCAGGGCAGGGGGGAAGGGUUGGGUGGGGGUGGCGCAGGCGGGGUAAAAGAGGGCGCCUGAGUUUUGUCUUGCCUAGGGCAGCACAAAACCAGGAUACACCACUGCCCCAAAGCAUAAUGUUUCCACCUUCAUGUUUGACGGUGGGGAUGGUGUUCUUGGGAUCAUAGGCAGCAUUCCUCCUUCUCCAAACAUGGCAAAUUGAGUUGAUACCAAAGAGCUCAAUUUUGGUCUCAUCUGACCACAACACUUUCACUCAGUUCUUCUCUGAAUCAUUCAGAUGUUCAUUGGCAAACUUCAGACGGUGCUGUACAUGUGCUUUCUUGAGGGGUGGGACCUUGCAGGCGCUGCAGGUUUUCAGUCCUUCACGGUGUAGUGUGUUACCAAUUGUUUUCUUGGUGACUAUGGUCCCAGCCAGGGGUGGGCUGGGCCGGGGGGCAGGUAGGCAAUUGCCCCCCAGGCCGCCCUGAAUAAUUUUGAAACCGGCCUCGGUGGGCCGGUCCUAAUGCUGCAGCCGCCUGAGUGCUCUGUUAAGAGCCUCUGGCGGCUGCAGCACAGCUUCAAGACAGGGAGCUCUUUCACAUUACACGCACACGCACACACAAUGCAUUCCUUUACAUAGACAGAAACACACAAUGCAUCCCUACACACACAGAAACACAACAUGCUUCCCCUACACACAGAGAAACACACAAUGCAUGCAUUAAACACACAAUGCAACCCGUACACACAAAGACAAUGCAUCCUUUGCACACAUACACAGAAACACACAAUGCAAACCCUUACACACAUGCAGACACACACACUGCUUUUCUUACAUACACACAUAAACACAAUGCAUCUCUUACACACACUCAAUGCACACACAUACAGACACACAGUUUAUUGGUGUUUACUCUGAUGUCUGUAUUAAUAUUGAGGGAUUUCUAAGUAGUAACAUCAGUGUGUGUCAGCAGGGCCAGCCGUUGGGGUAUGCACGCUGUGCGGUCACGCAGGGUAUCAUGACAACAGAGGCGCCCGGCGGCCAACACAGCUCACAAGUUGGGACACCAGCAUAUUCAAUUUAAACGAUUCGCUGGUGGUCCACUGGUGCGUACCAGCAGUAGGUGCAGUCAGAUCAUACCUCUCCCUCGUGGUUCCGGCGCUCAGUUAGUGAGUCAGAGCACAGGCUCAGAGAUUCUCAGCCUGCACUCUAACAACAUUUAAAGUCAGAGCCAUGAAGGAGCGGGUAUGGCAAAGAGCUACUGAUUAGCAUAACAUCAAUAUCCCUUAUAAAACCAGGAAAAGGUGGGCAUGGAUGGUGAACUGAUUUGGUGGUGCAAUGGGCCACUUGACUGGUUUUGCCCCCCAGGCCUAAGGCUGCCCGCCCUCCCCUGGUCCCAGCUGCCUUGAAAUAAUUAACAAGAUCCUCCUGUGUAGUUCUGGGCCGAUUCCUCACCAGUUUCAUGAUCAUUGAAACUCUUGUAGCCCAUUCCAGCAUUGUGUAGGUCUACAAUCUUGUCCCUGACAUCCUUGGAUAGCUCUUUGGUCUUGGUCUUGGUCAUGGUGGAGAGUUUGGAAUCUGAUUGCUUCUGUGGACAGGUGUCUUUUAUACAGGUAACAAGCUGAGAUUAGGAGCAUUCCCUUUAAGAGAGUACUCCUAAUCUCAGCUCGUUACCUGUAUAAAAGACACCUGGGAGCCAGAAAUCUUGCUGAUUGAUAGGGGAUCAAAUACUUAUUUCACUGAUUGACAUGCAAAUCAAUGUAUAACUUUUUUGACAUGCGUUUUUCUUUUUUUUUUUUUUUGUUAUUCUGUCUCUCACUGCUAAAAUACACCUACCAUCAAAAUUAUAGACUGAUCAUUUCUUUGUCAGUGGGCAAACAUUCUAAAUCAGCAGGGGAUUAAAUACUUUUCCCUCACUGUAUAUUCUGAUUCUGAUUAUGUUCCUGAUUCCGUACUUUCUUAGUCAUGUCAAGUGACCAAACUACCAUCUUCUAUUACUGUUUCGAAGAAUUGUCUAAAACUUUUGAAUUGAUCUUCAGAGUGAACCAUUAUUUGAUCAGGAGGACUUUCUCCAUCCCAGAUCUGCAGAAUGGUUAUCAUUGGAUCACAAAGCAAGAUAUUUACAACAUAGGGUACAUUGCUUAUUGGAUAGACUGCGGCACCAUUGAGGAAUUUAUCAUCAAAGCAAGGGACCUUAGAAACCAAUUUAGGGAGAAAGGAUGACCCAAUAAAUGCUUGAAACGCGCCAAUAAGAGGGCCUUGGAGUCUGACCGUAAUGUACUGUUAAAUGAGACUGCACCUAAUGUGGCAUUAAAAGACUCAAAUGGGAUAAUUAGAUUGAUAGCCACCUACAAUGCAGGAUGGGGAAGUGUGCAAGAAUCACUCCAGCGCUUCUGGCCAAUACUCACCAGCGAUUAGAACUUAAAAGAGGUAGUUGUCCCCAACGUGACUAUUACAGCACGCAGGGGUAAAAACAUUUGAGACCAUUUUGGCCCCAAUUCACCUACAACAAAGACAGUCUUCUUCCACAACAUGGCUUCAUAACCCUCUAACUGGUACCUCCGGAUGUGGAAGGUGUGUUGUAUGCAAGUACAUCAAGAGGGAUUUCCAGAAAUGUGAAGGAUAGUGAAGAAAAGGAGGAGUUCAAAAUAACAUCUUUUUUUUCAACUGUAACUGUAACCGAUAAGGUACACUAAUGCCCCUUUUUUUCUUCCUUUCAUGGAACUCAUCUCAAAUAGCCCCAGUAGUGUGUUGUCUGAUCUUAUAUGCCAGGGGUUCCAGUGACAGGAUGAAGAGUAUUGGUGACAUAUCACAAAUGGCACCCAUAUGCAAUGGUGUGGAGAGAAAUCCAGAGUUAGAAACCUGUGCUUUUGGAUUAUUGUAGAGGGUCAUGAUCCUUGUGUCAUGUAGUGCCAGUCGAGUCUGUCAAGGGCAAGGAGGAGGCCCUGUGUCUGUGUCGUGUGCAUGUACGAGAGAAUGUUGAGAAUUUUUCUGGUGUUGUUAGAGCUUACCAACACUGAUUGAUCGUUAGGAAUCAGUGUUGGUAGGAUGGUGGAGAGUCGAUGGGCUAGAAGUUUUGCAUAUAUUUUAAAAUUGCUGCUCAAGAGGGAGAUCGGACUGAGGUUUUGGCAUUGAAUUGGGGGUUUGCCCGGUUUGGAAAGAGUAGAAAUGUGUGCUAGAAGCAUGUCGCUCGGACAUUUUCCUUGCGAGUAGCAGGUAAUAAAAAGUACUGUGAGGGCAGGAUCCAGGCUGGGUGCGAAUGAUUGAUAAUAGAGGUUGGUAAAGCCAUUCGGGCCCGGAGCUUUGUGUGUGGGUAAAUCCCGUAUGGCCUUUUCUAUUUCAAUUUGGGUAAAUGGUGAGGUGAGGGCCUCUAUGUCUUUUCGGGGUAUAGAGGGUAGGUCCACCGUGCCUAGAGAUUCCUGAAUAAGUUGUGAAGAUGGUGGAACUAAGCUGGGGUCGUCUUUGAGAUUAUAAAGAGAGCUGUAAUAGGAUGCAAAUUCGUUUACGAUAUCUUGUAAGUUUAGUAGUUUGCCUUUUCUUUAGAUUGUAUGUAUGCCAUUUUUGAUUCAUGGGAUCUAGCCUUUUAAUUGUGAUGCCAGUAAGGCCCCUGCUUUAUUGCCCUGGGAGAAAAAUGUAUGUUUAUAUCUGUGUAAUAAAUAGGUGUUUUUUUCCAGUUCUAAGGUUUUAAGUUUGUUUUGUAGUUGCGAGAGUUCAGUUUGUGUCUCUUUGGAUGGAUUGUGUUUAUUUUUGUGUGUCAAGUCCGUGAUGUCUCGGAUGAGUGAGAUGUAUGUUUAUUACGGUAACUAGCAUGCUUGAUAAGGGUUCCCCUUAUGACUGCUUUGUGAGCCUGCCAAACUGUUUAGAUGGAUGUGUCUAAUGGGUUGUUAUUUGCAAAAUAAGAAGUUAGAUCCUCUUUUACGGUAGAUAGUAUUUUGGCGUCUUUAAGUAAGGAGUCGUUCAGUCUCCAAGUGUCCAUUCCUGAGGAUGGGUAUUGUUCCUGAAUGGUCAGAGUGAUAGGGGUGAGGUCAGAUCAUGUAAUGAGUCCUAUGGUGGUGUCCUGUAUUUAAUGCAGUAGGCAGGAUGGUGCGAUGAAUCUAUCUAUUCUAGUGUAGGUGUUAUGCACUGCUGAGUGGAAAGUGUAGUCUAUUUCUGUGGGAUGUAGUAUUCUCCAUGGGUUGACAAAGUCAUGGUGUAAAAUGGUGGUAGACCAUUUGUCUGUUAGGUGCGUUUGCUUUUUAGCUGUUGGAGUGAGAACUUUGUUUUUGGAGGAUGAGUCCAUGGAUGUAGCUAGUAGGAAGUUAGUAUUACCUCCCAUUAUCACCGUUUCAAAAUUGUGUAAGGAAAUGAGGCUAAAUAUUUUUUUCAAAGAACUUAGAUUGAUCGUCGUUUGUACUAUAUACAUUGACCAAGGUAUAUGGUGCAUUAUUAAUGUAACAUUGAAGCAAUAAGUAUCUGCCCCUUUUAUCUCCUACUUUUUUCACAAGUGAGAAGGAGACUUCCCUAUGAAUCAGCGUGGAGACACCUCGUUUUUUUCGAUUGGAAACAUCAAUGAAAAUCAAGCGGGAAUAAAGUAGAGCAGAACUUGGGUCUAUGACCCCAUUUGAAGUGGGUUUCUUGGAAAAAAAGCCACUUGUGCUUUAUUGGUUUUGGCUUCCAGAAGGGCAAGCCUUUUCUUAUUUGGUGAAUUCAGGCCUUUGGUAUUUAAAGACAUAAUCUUGACAGCCAUUAAGGAUGUUUUAAUUGAGUUGUUGUGUCUUUCUCAGAUGUAAGAGAAUGUAUUUCAAGUCACCCAUGGUCUAGUGGGAUCAGUGUCAGUGUGAUACAUAUACAUUAGUUUUUUGUGUGUACCCAAUGAACAAUAGGGGCAGCAAUAAGUCAUAGUACAUAAAUAUGGCAGAAAAAUCAUAAGUAAAAGGUGUCAACAUAAAAGAAAAUUAACAGAACUAUAUACAAAGAACCGUCAGGUGUUGUAGAGGUCAUACAGACGGUACGAUAAUCACUAGGUAUAGCCUAGUGGUGGUGGGUCCUCCUCCUUAGUAGAGACCACAUUGUAGGCAGUAUGAUAACGUGAUGUGUUAAGACAAGGCGCGGAAAUUCAAAAUAUUUAGCAUUAAAUAUAGGAACUUAAGGGGGGCGGGGCCUGGUCGCUGAGCUGGGUAGACAUGGGGCACCUCGGCUCCCUGAUAAACCUGCAAUGACCAGCUUAAAAAUGCCCUUUCUUGCCUGGAAAACCCUCAGCUGCCGUGAGAGGGCAAAGGGGACCCGACCAACAACCUUCGGGGGAAGUAUCAGCCCCUGCUUCGCUGGCGAUGCGGUCUGGUGGGCGAGUGGGAUUGCGGCCUGCUGUGAGGCCCUGGCGGGAGAAGCGGCCGAUCUCCCGUGCUUGGUCCGGCAGGACCUCCUGCUGCCUGCUAAGGGCCACGUUACCCCCCCUGUGGGCCAGGGGGGUUAUCCCGGACCCUACCGGGGACGCAGUGCUCGUUCAGGGCAUCUAGACGGCAGGAAAACUGACCGCGGACCGCAUGGGAAAAACUAAGAUGGCCGCAGCGCUCAUUGCGAGACGGAGAAGUGAGGGGGAAGUACCAAAGCAAAGGAGACCGACGGAGUGCCCCUUCCACCCACAAUAUAACUGUAUAAGGGAAAUACUCCACAAGAAAGCCAAGCUCAGCAUUAUAACACUCACACCAACAGAAGCAUCACCUCUCAUUAACACCAGUGGAUAUAAGGGGACUCUAUCUGGACUCUGACCCUGCCUGAGUACAAGGGAACAACGAAAAUGGGGAAUAAGCUUCACUCCACUCCUGACUGUCAAGCCCCCACACACUGAAAUAACCAGCUAAAAUCAGAUUUAGCACAGCUGCAGGAGGGAUCAAUCGGCUUCUAACCAUAUAUGCCUAACGUUAUAACAGACUAUGGUGUACCUCUUAAUCUAGUAAGUAAUUAAAAUGUCUGAGCUUCCAUGUAUAUCCGACGCUCUGCUGCCCCCUGGUGGUUAAACUUAAUUAAGCCUAUAGAAAUCUGUUCUUGAUGAUGACCUUAGCUCCUGUUUUUACGGCAAAAAUAAGCUCACUGUUUUGUUUCUCACACAUAUGCCUAGCACAAAUGCCGAUUUAGACAAGUUAAGCAUCAAUUAUCUUGCUGUAUUUCAUUUAACUUCACGCUAACGAUACAACUGUUUAGCCAAGCUUGCUAAAAAUAUAAAAAUGUGCAGACUCUCAUGCCACUGUUUAACCAUUGUAUAUCUUGCAAUACGCUUUUGUGGUGUCUGUUGACUCCUUGUACCCACCUGCACAGCAAAAAUAAAGAAUAAUAAAAAAAUAAAAAAAUAGGAACUUAAAACAAUAGAAUCAAAUCAAUAAUAGAAUGUAGGCUGUUGGCCUUCAACUGUGAGAUGUAAAGCAUGUGUGUCGAGCAUAGGUUGCUCAAUGUGAGAGACUAGGUUCACGCCAUGCAGAGUGGUGUCACUUAGCUGUAGUAGUGGUAUGCCAGUCUUUAGCAAUCUUCGUUGAGGAUUGUUGUGCAGGUCCGGAGGUUAUGUUGUGUGCCUGCACUGUUGUGGGGAUGUUCCAUUCACGAAGUGGCUUGUGUCCAUCUUCCACUGUGCUGAUAUGGAGUUCUGUGCCGUUUCUCCUGAUCAUGAGCUGUGCUGGGAAGCCCAAUCUAUAUAUGAUAUUGGCAUCUCUUAGGGCUAAUGUUAUAGGUGACAGGGCCUUCCGCUUGACGAAUGUGGAGGCAGAUAAGCUGGUAUAGAUCUUGAUCUCUGAGAAUUUGUCUGGUAAGGUUUUAAGAAGCCAGAACGCUCACAUUACUUUUUCUUUGGAAGUGUAGUAGUGGAAUUUUGCGAUCACAUCACGUCGAACUGUAGUGGGCAUAUUUCUGGGUCUCUAGACAGUGCAUUCUGUCCAACAGUAGGUCUGAUUUGGACAGGUCUGGAACCAGUAGCUGGAAAAGGUCAGUAGCAUAGAUUUAUAGUUGUUGGGAGAGAUGCACACCCCUCAGAUGUACUUUGCUGCAUGGUCUUCAUGGUCAGCUACCUUGUCAGAUAGGAGUUCCAGUCUGGUUUGGAUUUGGUAUAUGCAUCUGCCAGGGUAUUGUGUGCCCCUAUGAUUUAUUCUGUUUUAUCUUCAAGCUGUGCAGUGUGUUCACCUAAGGCUUGUAUGUCAGCCUUUAUACCUUUUGCCAGCUUGGAGAAUUCUAAUUGCAUGGAUGUUUUCAGUUUAUAAGAGUAGGUGAGUCCCACAAGGGGAAACCAACAUCAGGAGAGCUCCACUGUAUAAGAAAUGAGGAAGGGAGGACCUACCUUUAAUCAAUCUAAGGAUUAAAAGGGAUAUGCAAACAAAAAGAAUAACUUGAAAAAAAGGGAGAUCUACUAAACAGUGCCCAGGGGAUCAAUUGUCUGGAGUACUAGCUAGCAUCUAAGUUCCAGUUCCCCUAGUGUCCGACUGACAGGAAGGUAGUGUAAACGAGGUUAGGGAGAGAGAAGAGGCACAGGGUCCCCAGAGAACAAGGGACCGGGUAAUCAGGUCUAAACGCAGAUGAAAAGCCUCACACAAAAAUAAAUAAUUAAAUAAAUCUCUCAAUUCACCCUUAAAGUUACCUCGACACCGUGGUCUAACCACUAGUGUCUACCUGAACUAACUCUCCCUACUAAAGUUAUAAAUAAAUAAAUAAAUAAACACCUAAAAAUCAAUAACCAUAGUGGUAACAAAAAUAAAAAAGUGCUACCAAGUGCAGAGAUUAAAGAAAAAGAAAACGCUCGACGCGCGUUUCAGAGUGUUCAAAACACCAUCGUCAGGAGCCUUAGAGGUAGGGCCUCCCUUCAUCAUUUCGUAUACAGUGGAGCUCUCCUGAUGUCGGCUUCCCCUUGUGGUACUCUACACAUCACCUACUCUUAUUACCUACAUAUUUUGGAGGGUUACCCCCUCAUUGGAGCUCCCUAUUAGGUGGUCACAGUGGUGCAGCUCAUGAGCCCUUGACUUGUAUCCGGACUCCUGACCUGCACUCUGUUUACUUUAUUUCUCCAUUUUAUGUUUUCAGUUUAGUCACCAUCCUGUGUAUUGAUGACUCCAUUGCUGGGGCAGACAUAGGCACUGAUAUAGAAGUGCAGCCACUUUUGUCUGAAUAUGAGGCAGGCGAGCUUGGGCCGUCUGCGCCAUCUUGGGCUUGCAUGCGAGUGCUAAUAUUUGAAUAGCCGCUGGUUUCUGCUUUGAUUUUUUUUAACUGGGCAGUGUGUCAUCAUGUUGGAGCAUAAUAGUCCCUGUUUUUUAGGUGAGAAAUUCUGGUAUAAUAGCUGUAUUUGGUCUCUUGUCAGAGGAGCUGAUGGCUAUGUGGCCAUCUUGGAUGGGUGCGAGAUCACGCCCCCAGUUGAUGCAAAUUUUUAAAUCUGUUUCCGUUCAUUUGUUAAUUCUCUUUGCUGCUAUAUUUAAGUAAAGAAAGAUAAAUACAAAAUAGAAGCCUUCAUGUCUUGUAAUAAAAUUGUGAGAUACCUCCCCCUAGUAGACGUAAAUUAGUGUUGAUUUCAAACUCUGUUUUAUAUAUACAGUUGUAAUCAAAAUUAUUCAACCCCCCCUCCCCCAUUAAAAAUUGGGUUUGUUGUCAAAUUCACAGACUUUCAGCUGUUUGCAUUGAACGAAUCAAACAAAAGCAGUUGAAAUGACUCAACACAACGAAUGCUCCAAGUGGUUUUCCCAAAUUCAACUAAAAUGCAUCUUAUAAUGGUGUCUCCAAUCUCAAAACUAUUCGACCCUUUCAUGACAAGCAUAUUUAGUCAUUAGUAGAGCACCUUUUUGCUGUUUUGACCCGGUGCAAAUAAGAUGAAUAGCCAGACACCAACUUCUGGCAUCGUUCCUGAGGAAUCUUAGACCAUUAUUAAUUUCAGUAAUAUGCAUGGGUUUGCAUGCUGCAGUCACCUUCUAUGGGGUUCAAGUCAGGCCACUGUUGUUGUAGCCACUGUAGAAUAUAACAGGAUUUCUUUUGCAACCAAGCCUUGGUGGAAUUUGAGGUAUGCUUGGGAUCAAUAUCUUGUUGGAAGGUCCAAUGAUGACGAAGCUUCACCUUGCUCACAGACGGCUCGACAUUUUCAAGAAAUCCAUCUUGCCUUCCACAGGCUACAGGUUUCCAGUGCCAGAGGAUGUAAAUGAGUCCCAGAGCAUCACCGAGCCACCACAAUGCCUAACUGUAGGCAGAGUGUUCUUUUCAGCAUAUGCUUUAUUCUUUUUCCUCCAGACAUAGCGCUGAUCCAUCGGGCCGAAAAGUCCCAUUUUUGUUUCAUCGCUCCACAGAACACAAUCCCAAAACAUCUGAGGCUUAUUUAUAUGAAUUUGAGCAAUUGGAGCCAACUUUUCUUGUCCUUUUGGGUCAGUAGACAUCAGCAUUUGAGAAGGCUCCAGGGGCAGAGAGAAACGCAUUAUACGUGUGAGGUGAGACAAGACUACGGGAAGAGCCGCUAAGCGACUAAAUAGUUAUAGAGAGCCCUCCAAGGAUUUUAAGAUUUUAUUUGAAUGUUUUAACUCUACUUGAGAAAUAAUAAAGGCUUCACAAAUACCAGCAGUCUCUUUCUGCAGACCGGAUAAUGCCUAGUGGAUCCACCGAACUCAAGGAGCUUGAUCCCUCCAGGGCUCUUAAAGUGAGAGUGGCACACAAUCCACUCAAAUGAAAAAAAACUGUAUUGACAUCAAAAUAGCAAAAAAUGUUCAUAUUGACAAUUCUAGGCAUUCUGCUUGGCUAAAAAAACCAUGUUUUAAACAGUGCGGGGUUUCGUUUAGCAGUGCUGGGAUAUAGAGAUGUGAGAUCACUUCAUCUAAAUGCUGCAAUGCGUAAAUUGAGGAGUUUGAUACCAUAAGAUUUUAUCUGAUUACAUGUUUUUAAAGUGUAUAGAUGCUCUGCACUAGAUGUUCUUAUAUUUUUGUCUUAAAGGUUCAACACAAGGAAUUAUAAAAGAACGCUUUAUAUAAGUAUAAUCAAGUUUGUGUGUUUGUUUUGCGCACUAACCUUUUUGGGUUGAUUUAAGUAAACUUUAUCUCAAUCAAAUUUGACAUUGUAAUUAAAGUUGAGAAAAAUAAGACUCGAAGCAAUUCAUAGCCUUUAGCACAUUUCUGAUUUUACUGUUUAUUCUAAAGAAAUCACCAGUUUUGUUUCAAAAAAGAGAAAAAUGAAAAAAACUGUAUUGACAUCAAAGUAGCAAAAAUGUUCAUAUUGACAAUUCUAGACAUUCUGCUUGGCUAAAAAAAACAUGUUUAAAACUGUAAAGGACUGUUGUGUUUGCACAAAAGACACAAGAUCUCAGUGGACAUGGUGUCGAUCUCAGUGGACAUGGUGUCGAUCUCAGUAAACAUGGUUUCGAUCUUAGUGGACAUAAUGUCGAGCUCAGUGGACAUUGUGUCGAUCUCAGUGGAAGAUCUCAGUGGACAUUGUGUCGAUCUCAGUGGACAUGGUGUCGUUCUCAGUGGACAUUGUGUCGAUCUCAGUGGACAUUGUGUCGAUUGUGCAGUUCUGUUAGUAAACAGAUCACCAGAAUAAGUCAAAAUGGAAUGCCAGACAGGUCCCCUUUACCAGAGAGAUACAGCAAUUCCACACUAUUAUUUUGGCGUUCUUGGGCCUGAGGUUCUACAAUGAUAUCACUUUUAUCAAAUCUGAGUAUUUAUCGUGAAUAGCAAAGCUUUGCAUUUAAUGAAGAAUUUACAAUCCUGAGUAUUUGUGUGUCUUGUGGAAACAGUUGUAAAGUUGAAUUGGUUACAUUUCAUUGACAGUAGAGUGAAAAAGGAUUUUGAAAGCUUUUCUCUAUGGAAUGCUGUGUCUACUACAGAAAUCUAACUUGUCUCUCUGAUUUAUCAGCCAGAUAUCCUAUCAAUGGCCCAUGUGAACCGGCUCACACCUUCUCCUGCUCUGAUAUUCACAACUUUCAUCUCCCUGAUAAUGAUCAUACCAUCAGACUUCAGCAGUAUUGUCAACCUUUUCAGGUACUUUACCCAGGAAACGUACUGAUAUGCUUCACUGGUUUUCAAGUUCAUGCCAAGGUCAGGAUGUAAUUACAACCCAAUUGACUUGUACACUUAUUGGCCUUGGAAUGAUAAAAUGUAAUUAGGUCUCGGAAGAAACUGAAACAGUUUUUGUUUUGUUUUACUUAUACUAGAGAUGCUAUAGCUGGGGCACUAACAAUUAAACCAUCAGACUGCCUUUUUUUUUUUAUAAAUAAAUGUUAUAUGUUUAAAGAUUGUAUGUCAUUGUUCUUAUAUUUGCUUGCCUACAGUUUUACAGCCUGGCUUUUCUAUGGAAUAACAAUAUCUGGGCUCCUGUACAUAAAAAUUAAGAAGCCGGACAUUCCCAGGCCUUAUAAGGUAAAUCAAACAAAACUCUUACAGUGACUAAUGUUAUAAUACAUUAAUAGUGAUUAUUACACAUUUAGACUUUACAUAUUGAGAUUUAGUAUUAUUUAUACCAUACACCAGGAGUAGGCAACCUUUUAGUAGUUAAAAACACUCUGAAAGACAGUGUGCAAAGUCCAGGAGCUGACUAGUGACUGAUGGCUCAAAUAUAGUGAGUGCAAAAUCAUAUGAUAUAAAAUACAAUGAAGUGGGAGAAUCAAUAAAAAUUAUUAUUAUAAAAUUUAUAAAAAUUAUAUAAAUUAAUAUGUACUGUCAUAAAUGCAUUACCAGUCUUAUGCAAGUCAAAAGUAAGCAAGGACCUUUGGGUACAGGUCAAGGACAGGAGCUGCAAUAGCUACUGUGGGUUGCUCUACUCCAGUGCGGGGUUUCCUUUAGGAGUGCUGGGAUAUAGAGAUCUGAGAUCACUUCAUCUAAAUGCUGCAAUGCAUAAAUUGAGGAUUGGCAUUCACCAUCUGCAAUCACCAGUUGGUUUGCACUGGUGACCCCUGAUAGGCCAGAGCCUGUUUGGCUCUGGUAGCAAGGAGUGCCGUAUAAUGCAUAGCACAGGUGCCAUAGGUUGCUGACGCCUGCCAUACACAGUGCAGGAGAUUAUUAUUAUUAUUUAUACCAUACACAGUACAGAACUUGCAAAUUUCUCAGAUAUAGAAUAGUUCCUGUAUUCACUUUAAUCUUCCAGUAGUCACAUACUUGGAAAAAUUACAGAUAUCUACAAUAUUUGUUCACUGGCUGCACAAUCAUUCAGCAGGCAAACAGUUAAAGGGACACUAUAGUCACCAGUGCAACUGUAGCUUAUUGUAUUUGUUCUGGUGAGUAGAAUCAUUCCCUUCAGGCUUUUUGCAGUCAAAACUGUCUUUUCAAUGAAAAUGCAGUGUUUUCAUUACAGCCUAUGGACACCUCAACUGGCAACUCCUCAGAUGGCUUCUAGAGGUGAUUCCUGGAGCAGUGCCGCUCAGUGUGCAGCACUGCCAUUCAGGGUCUCCACCUUCUGCAUGGAGACAUACAUUUGCUCAUAGAGAUGCACUGAUUCAAUGAUUGGCCAGGUUGGUGUUUGGAUCCGCCCCUCGCCCACCUCCCUGGCAAUAUAAGCCAAUCCAAUGCUUUCCUAUGGAAAAACAUUGUGAUUGUCAGAGUUCAUCACUUCUGAUGAUGUCAGCCAAGGAGUUAGAUCGGGGGCAGAGUAGAAUAAAGGUAGGAUUUUACUAUACUUUGUCCUUCACCCCCCUAACACUAUAGAGUCAGGAAUACAUGCCUAUGCCAGGUAUGUUCUAUACUCACCAGAACAACUACUAAUAAAGUUGAUUUGGUGCCUAUAGUGUCCCUUUAUGAUAUAGUAGUUUUGGUACUUAGAGUUUACCUUAAAGGCACACUAUAGUCAUCAGAACAACUAGAGAUUAAUGUAUUUUUUCUGGUGAGUAUAAUCAUUCCCUGCAGUAAUUUUCAUGUAAAAACUACCUUUUCAGAAAAAAGGCAGUGUUCACAUUGCCCCCAGGGACACGUUCAAGUGGCCAUUCCUCAGAUGGCCACUGGGUGUGCUUCCUGGGGCAGUGCUGCACAGUAGGCAGCACUGCAGAGCCUGGAGACGCUGAAUUUUACUCAUAGAGAUGCAUUGAUUCCAUGCAUCUCUAUGAGGAGGUGCUGAUUGGCCAAAAUUGCGUUUGGCCCUGCCCCCAUCCUGCCUCGAGCCGAUCCCUAUGGGAAAGCAUUGGAUUGGUUAAAAAUCGGCAAUUCUGAUGUCAGCAAGGAGGCGGAUUGGCGCGUGGCCAGCGCCGGCAGACCCGCACGGCGCUGGAAUUAAGGUGAGUUUUAACACCUUCUAAGGGGGCUAAGAAGGGGCAAUCCACCUAAAUGGUGGAUUACACACUAUAAGGUCAGGAAUACAUAUUUGUGUUCCUGACCCCAUAGUGUCUCUUUAAACAAAUGGGAAUUCACAGACACCUACUAAACAGCAGGGACAAAAGUUAUGGCCCUUUUUAGUACCUCACAUCAUAGGCAACAGUGUGGAGGUAUAUGAAAGAACAGAUAGCUGGUGCUGAAUUAAAAACCCAUGCACUGUCAAUCAUUUAAAUCGAUUUAUUUAUUAUUUAGCUAUUUGCUGCCUGUGCUGAACAUUUUUGACUGCACAUUUCAUGUUUGCCUGUAUUUUUACAUAAAUAUAGAUUGAAAUCAAACAAAAUAUAAUAUUUUUUUUUCCCUCCAGGUUCCAAUCAUUAUACCCAUCAUUGUGCUGAUCGCCUCUGUGUACCUGGUAUUGGCUCCAAUCAUCUUCAGUCCGCAACUGGAAUAUCUUUACGUGGCUAUCUUUAUACUGAGCGGUACUAUUCUCUAUAUUCCUGUGGUCCGAUACAAAUGGUCUCCCAAAGCUUUCAGAUCAAUUACUCUCCAUCUUCAGCUCCUGCUUGAAGUGGCCCCAGCAGAUAAAAACCAAUGA